AUGGCACCGACUUUCGUUUACAUCGUGAUUGUGGCUAUCGCAGCUUCUGCGGCUGCCGUGAAUGCUGAAUCACAUACCAUUCGUUUUGAUAAUCAGUGUGGCAGGGGAACUCCGCAAUUGAUUUUCGGUGGACACGUCGUCUCGAACGGGUCGGACUGGACAAGUUCUGGCCCUGCGUCCUCGGGCAUUGCCUAUCUACAAACUGGCGAAUGUCUGUUCAACGGAGAACACUGCGCCCUCCUGGAGAUGACCCUGGGAAACCCGACCUGUCCUGGUUGCGGCUCAAGCACGGACAUCUCAUUAAUCCCUCCGCAUGCCCUCAACGUCCCUGUAUCCUUCAGGCAAGUUUAUUUCAAUGGGUGUGACGGCCAAGGCGCCGCCUGCAAUUCUGCCAAUUGCAACACUGCCUUCUUUGUUUCGGACGACAACCAAGUACAGGUUGCUUGCCAAGAAGAUAAUGUGGACCUUCUGAUCACGUUCUGUGGAAACGGCGCUACAUCCUCCGCUACUAGUGAGCCAGCCAACGCACCAACUCCUUCAUCUUUCCCGACAUCAAGCCCCGCUAGCCCUCACGAGUCCCCUGAGCCAACUUCAAGCAGCAUCGUUCACACUUCUAUUGUUGAAAGCAGCUCAACUGCUGCAGUUUCUCUUGUAACGACAGGCCCCUCCAACGGCCCCUCUACGGUUCCGAGCCCUACUGCCCUUUCUGAAACUUCUGGCACUUCUUCCUCUACUGUUUCACCCAAGACGUGCAGCGUCUUUCACACUUCCAUUGCUGAAAGCAGCUCUACCGCCGCGCAUUCGCGUCGUAGCAAAGCGAGAGUUGCGCAUGUCCAGAUGAACGCUGCACGGGUUCACGCCUGA